AUGAGUUCCAAGAACACGCGUAUUGCGAUCGUCUCUGACGACAAGUGCAAGCCGAAGAAGUGCCGUCAAGAGUGCAGAAAAGCAUGUCCCGUGGUGAAGACGGGUAAGCUGUGUAUUGAGGUCACCGCGGCAUCCAAAAUUGCCUUCAUUUCCGAGAAUCUCUGUAUUGGUUGUGGUAUUUGUGUGAAAAAGUGCCCCUUUGGAGCCAUUAACAUCAUCAAUUUGCCCACAAACCUGGACGAUCAGGUCACACACAGAUACUCCGCCAACUCGUUCAAAUUACACAGACUGCCAACUCCAAGACCGGGCCAAGUGCUGGGAUUAGUCGGAACAAAUGGUAUCGGAAAGUCUACAGCGCUUAAAAUUUUGGCAGGAAAGGAGAAGCCUAACUUGGGGAAAUACGAUGAUCCACCCAGUUGGGAAGAUAUCCUGAAGUACUUCAGAGGCUCUGAGCUCCAGAACUAUUUCACCAAGGUUCUUGAAGACGACAUCAAGGCAAUUAUCAAGCCUCAAUAUGUGGAUAAUAUCCCCAGAGCCAUUAAGGGCCCAGAAAACAAGGUUGGUGAGCUUUUGAAGGCCAGACUCGACAGAAAGGAUUCCGCUAAGGAGAUUUUGGAGGUUCUCGAGCUGAAGAAUGUCUUCAAGAGAGAGGUGUCAAAACUCUCUGGUGGAGAACUACAGAGAUUUGCCAUUGCAAUGACGUGUGUGCAGAGUGCCCAGGUAUACAUGUUUGACGAGCCAUCCUCAUAUCUAGACGUGAAGCAACGUCUCAACGCUGCGCAGAUCAUCAGAUCGCUGCUGGGACCAACCACCUAUGUCAUUGUCGUGGAGCACGAUUUGUCUGUUCUGGAUUAUCUUUCAGACUUUGUGUGUAUCCUGUAUGGUGUCCCAUCUGUCUACGGUGUUGUGACGCUUCCACAGUCCGUGAGAGAGGGAAUCAACAUCUUCUUGGAUGGUCAUAUCCCCACUGAGAACUUGAGAUUCAGAACGGAGUCUCUUCAGUUCAGACUACAGGAUGCCAGUGAUACCAUGAUCAUUGACCAGUCAAGAAGUUACAGCUAUGAUGCCAUGACAAAGACCCAGGGAGACUUCAAACUCAGCGUUGAGGCUGGUAGUUUCUCAGACUCGGAGAUCAUCGUCAUGAUGGGUGAAAAUGGAACCGGGAAAACCACGCUUUGUAAGCUUCUUGCUGGUGCUAUCACUCCCGACGCAGGAUCCAAGGCCCCCAAGCUGAAUGUUUCCAUGAAGCCCCAGAAAAUCGCUCCCAAGUUUACCGGUACCGUGAGACAGCUGUUCAUGAAGAAGAUCAGAGCUUCUUUCUUGAACCCACAGUUCAACACCGAUGUGGUGAAGCCACUCAGAAUCGAAGACAUCGUUGACCAGGAGGUGCAGCAUCUUUCCGGUGGUGAAUUGCAGAGAGUCGCCAUUGUGCUUGCCCUCGGUAUUCCUGCCGAUAUCUACCUUAUCGACGAGCCUUCCGCUUACCUCGAUUCGGAGCAGCGUAUUAUCUGCUCUAAGGUGAUCAGAAGGUUCAUCAUUCACUCCAAGAAGACUGCAUUUAUCGUUGAGCACGAUUUCAUCAUGGCCACUUAUAUGGCCGACAAGGUAAUGGUGUUCGAAGGUGUUCCAUCCACAAGUGCCACUGCUAAGACCGCUGAGUCGUUGCUUACCGGCUGCAACAGAUUCCUGAAGAACUUGAACGUUACUUUCAGAAGAGAUCCUAACUCGUUCAGACCAAGAAUUAACAAGCUCGAUUCCCAGAUGGAUAAGGAGCAGAAGCUCCACGGCAACUACUUCUUCCUGGACAACAAUGAACUAUAG